ACUAUUUGAUUGAGUGUAACCGGUUUGACGACAUUACCGUGACCUUCAGAUAUUUUUGUGCUGUUGCAAACUAAGUUUUGUAAAUACCUUGAUUAUUUGGAGCUAUUUUACUGCAAGAUGGCCAAGCAAACCGCCGAACAAUCUAGGAAAGAUAUGUUGAGUAAGAAAAAAGAAAGAGAACGUGCAAGAAGACAGAAAAUUAAGAACAAUCCGGAAGAAUAUGAAAAGCAAAGACAGAAAGAAAAGGAGCGUUACCAGAAAAGGAAAAGCGAAGGCAAAAUUAAACUUAUUGGCGAUUUAAGUGACAGAGAUAAAAGAAAAAAACGAAAAACAUGGAUACAUAAUAAUAGAACAUACAGGGAAAAAAAUAAAGUUAACUGAUAUUGAGAACGAAGCUCUUUGUAAUACUC